CAUCAUCUUGCAGGUCGAAGGGAUAGUUGCGCACACUUUCUUCCUCAUACAGCCUUGUCCUUAUUGCGGACUACAACUCUACGAGCUCUACAUAACCUAACGCCACAGAGAAUCACCUCACUUCACUCACUUAUAUUUCUUGAACCCAACCGCCCACAUUUACGGACAUACAAUGGCCUACGCGCAGCCUUUCCCGCUUGCACAGCAAAUCCAACAGAUUUUGCCCCAAACCUUCGGGCCAGACCUCGCGGUCCGCCUCAUUUGCCCCGAAUGCCGAGAUCCUCACCCGGAUAUUGAGGAAAACUUUAGCAGUGGCGACCUUGUAUGUGGUAAGUGUGGGCUGGUGCUGGGGGAUAGAAUCGUCGACACUAGAAGUGAAUGGCGGACGUUCGCAAACGACGAAGGCGACGACCCAUCUCGUGUCGGUGCUGCCUCUGACCCGCUGAUGGAGGGCAUGGAGCAGUUGGACACAACCAUCUCGUUCCGUGAUGGUGGUUCGGGCAUCGCACGCGAGCUGCAGCGCGCAGCGUCCCGUUCGUCCGCGACGCGCGCAGAGCGUAAUCUUCUGCAAGCGUUCCGAGACAUAUCCUCAUGGUGCGACCAAUUUUCACUCCCCAAAACUAUCUCGGAUAUCGCAAAGCAACUUUACAAGCGCGCAGACGAGGAAAAACUGCUCCGUGGCAAACCCGGCGAGGCCGUCAUCGCUGCUUGUAUUUUCAUUGCGUGUCGUCAGGCGCACGUACCGCGUACGUUCCGUGAAAUCUGCAAUCUGACACACGUAAGCAAGAAGACGCUGGGACAAUGCUACAAGGCGUUGGAGCAGGCGUUCAACCUUACCCAGGGUGCUUCAUCGUCGUCGACAGGUCGACAUCUCACCACGCCAGCCGCGAGGGGCCCGGAGGACCUGCUCGUGCGCUACUGCAAUCACCUGGACCUGCCGCCAAAUGUCCAGCCAAUCUGUGCAGAUAUCAUUAUCAAGGCGCGGGAUCUGGGGAUUGCGGACGGGAGGUCGCCCGUGUCCAUCGCGGGCGGCGCCAUAUACUUCACUUGCCAUUUACUUGGCAAAUUGAAGAAUGCGCGCGAGAUCAGCAAUGUUGCAGGCGUAAGCGAAGGCACUAUCAAGUUGAUCUACCGCCUUUAUUAUGCAGAGAAAGAGAAGUUGGUCAAGGAGGAAUGGAUUAAGGAGGGCAAGGCUGAUCUGAGCCGGUUACCGGUGGACAACUCGACCAGGUGAAGGGGCAUUGGGAUGUUUCCUCCGGUAGUUUUGUCGUUGUACCCUAAUAUAUGCGUUACAAUAUGAUUAUCAUCAUUGUUACG